AUGACGGGGGUUCUUAUUGUCUCAUUGUUUGCGGUCGAGUUCCUUCAAGCCCCAGUGUGGACGCUCCCGACAAGGCAUUGGUGGCUUGUCUUACUACUGUACAAUAACAGCAGUGAGGGCCUGGCUCGGCGAUCUUUUGGGAAGGGGCUAACGAGAGUGGCAGCGGGGGAGUGUGCGAUCGGCGAAUUGCACAGAAGUCCUCUGUUCUGCGUUCUUCAGGAAUCUGAUACGGUUUGUUGGGAUGUGGAAGAGAUUGUACGUGGCUUUGAGAGGUGUACUUUUCGGCCCAUCUUUGACGUGACACAUAAUGAAUGUCCAGUCCAGACCCUGUUGUGA